AUCACAUGACCGUCAUAAGGUUUUUUUCUCACUGGAAUAGGCGACGUCGUGCAAGGCAAAGCGAAAAUUUUCACCACCAUUUUUCGUUUGUAGUUUCAGUUCACUUUUCGUAAGCGAAUCCAGCGCGAUGUUGUGGAAAUCGCUGAUUGCGUUGUGCGUCAUUGGGGCUGCCGUGGCGGAGCAAACGCCCGUCUUUCUGUGGGGAGCCAACAGUGUGGCGAAGCCCUCCCUGAAGACGGUGUCCCAGGUGGAGUUUGCCGAGCAGUUGGCUGCAUUGCUGGAAGAUCACAUGGUCGUGGCCUUCGAGGAAAAUGGCCUGAGCAGCAAGGACUUCCUGUGCUCCAACUCCCAGGCGCAGUCCUGCUACGCCCAGCUGCAGGGAGUGAGCCCCAAGACCUACUACACCAGCGUGGAGAACCCCUCGGAGGCACUGCGCUCGGUGGCCGCCAAGCGCGAGCACAACUCCAUCGAUGCCAGCGGAAAGCUGACCACGCCGGCCAAGUGUGCCGUGGGCACGGCCCUGUUCGUGACCUUCGAGGACGCCGCCGAGAGCCGGGAGGCCAGUCUGGAGUCACAUGACGCCGCCAUCGCCGCUAUCAGCAAGCAGUUCGAGUGCAAGGUGGCUUAUCUGUACCUGGCCGCCCCCUCCACCGCUCCUGUGGUGCAGCGUCGUACCCGCCGUGACACGGCCGCCACCACCGGCGGCAUCAUGUGGAAGUCGACCAAUCAGUUUCAGAUCUUCUACACUGCCCUUCUCUACAACGGCAACCCCAUCACCGUCACCGACCUCAAGCUCUCCAACGCAAGCUCUACCAAGCUAUCCGUUGUUAUGGACACAUCUGACGCCAACAAGCCAAUCACCUUUGACGUUGUUUAUAAUGGCGGAUACUUUAGUCUGAGCAAUUUGGUCUACGACAAUAGCAACUUCCGCUCCAGCGGCGUGAAUGCCCCAACCACGUUCUCCUACUCGUGCGGCAACCUCACCCUCGAGUCCUCGGCCGUCAACAACAUGUACAACACCCUGAGCUUCAAGUCCCUGCAACUGCAGGCUCCAUUCGAUGGUUCGUACAAGGAGAACUUUGCCUUCGGCGAUUCCUGGGACUGCGUGGGCUUCGUGACGCCCGGUAUCCUGAUGGGACUGUUUGUGGUCCUCCUGCUGCUGGUCAUCAUGUUCGUCGGCGUCUGCUGGAUGAUGGACAUCAACACGAUGGAUCGCUUUGACGAUCCCAAGGGCAAGACUAUCACCAUCAAUGCCGCCGCCGAGUAAACCGCCUACAUCAUCGGUUCACACAUUAUUUGAUUGUUCAAUGCGCACUCAAUAUUCAUUCCUUUAUUCCUUCAGUCUAUCCACAUGUAUAUGUUAACGAAUCAAUACUUAAUACCGUACUCGCAUUACACAUAACACAUAACCGGGAAAUUAGUUCUCACAA